CACCCACUUCCUUAUCAAAUGUUUACAAAAUUAGUAUCUUAUAAAAAUGGAUGCAUAAAAAUCUUUUACUGUUUUAUGUGUGAUAAUUAUCUUGUAGUCAUGCGUGAGGGACAGGCUACGCAGGGGAGGAGCUUAAUUGAAGGAGGGGCUAUGAAGAGGAGGGGCUUAAAUAUGGGCGGAGCUAUGCAGGGGAGGAGCUACUCAUCUGUGGUGCUGGUCCAGACGUUCAGCUCUCCUCUUAGGUCUUCCACUGCUUGAUAAUUGAGGAGGUCUCCUGUUUACUGGACCCUGCUAAUACUCAGGUAACAACUUUAGUGUGGGAUUAAUGGAUGUGUGUUGCUGAGUUUGUGUAUGUAGGUGUGUGUGUGUGUGUGUGUGUGUGUGUGUGUGUGUGUGUGUAUUCUAGGAUUUAAAUGUGUGUAUUUGUGUCAGUGUGUGUUUGUUCUUAUGAGUUCCUGUGAGUGUGUGUGUGUGUGUUUCAUGUGCUGUGUGUGUACAUGUGCUGUGUGAGGUGUGUAUUUGUGAGUGUGUGUUUGUUCUUAUGUGUUGCUGUGUGUGUGUGUGUGGGUGUGCGUGUGUGUGUGGGUGUGUGCCUGUGUGUGUGUGUUAACAUGGGCCAUGUGUGUACAUGUGAGUUGUGUGAGGUGUGUUUGUGAGAGAGAGAGAGAGAAAGAGAGAAAGAGAGAGAGAGAGACAGAGAGUUGAUAAGAAACAAUACAGAGCCUGAAUUCCCCUGGAGGAAUGAAUUCUAUCUUAUCAUCCUUUUUUUUUUAAAGUGGUUUUCUCUGAAAAACAGCCGAUGUCUGGAUAUUUGGCCAGAGGCUGGGGCCCCCAGAAGCCCCCACGCUGGUGCCCCCGGUCCCUCCCGGGCUGGUGCCCCCGGGCCCUCCCGGGCUUGUGUCAGGCCCUGCUGGAUGCUCUUGUUCGGAACCUGAAACGUCUCUGCUGCACUCUGACUCCAGGACUCCUCAUCAGUUCUCCAGCAGUUCUAGGGACCAUCCAGAUCCUGGUCGGCCUGGUGACGGCGGGGCUGGGUCCUGGUCGAACCAGCACUCGUCCUGGAGACCUGACCCAGCUGGGAGCCCCCUACUGGCUGGGCGCGGUGUUCCUGGUUGCUGGAAUCCUCUGUAUACUGUCUGGAGACUUUCCUUCCGUCGUACUGGUGGGUUUCACUGUGGCUGUGAACAUAUGUGGAGCCAUCUUGGCCAUCACGGGGAUCGUUCUGUACGCCAUCGAUCUGAGUAACUCCUCUCUCACCUGGAUGUGUCCUUCGCCCACCACCCGCGAACCCUAUGAUGUUCGUCACCAUGGCUACGCUGAUCACCAUCAUGGCGACAGCGCCCUGGAGACGCUGCACGCCCGACUCAACCAGGACCUUCAGGACGAAUGCAUAACUAUGGCGCGCAUUGCUGAGGGUCUGCUCUCUACGAUGGACAUCCUGCUGAUCAUCCUGACAAUCCUCCAACUAUGUGUCAGCCUCAGUACCACAAUUCUGGGGCUCGAGGCUUUGAUACGGCCCAGGGACCAUGACAAGUGUCGUCGGAAUGCUGAGAUGAAAUUUCCCGAGUCGGUCCCUACAAAAUGCAUCACCAUAUAAGUCUCUCUGUGUCUCUCUCCAGAUUUCAAAAUGUCAACGUAAAUAUACCAGACAUAUAUCACUUGAUCAUGUCAGAUUGCACAAAUUAUUAACUAAUUACAUAACUUCAAUUAUUAAAUAGUUAUUCACCAUUUGAAGUCCAAUAACAAUGUCCUGAUGUCAAUGUCUCUGUCUAUAAAUAUUGUAUGUAUGUGUAUCCUUGCAAUUAAUGCACAAUGUCUCUUUGUGUUUCUGUUUAAAAAUGAAAAAUAUAAAUCUUUAUUUCACAUCAAUAUUGAGUAAUAUGUUAUAUUCUGUAAAAUAAGACAUUUGGGUCGUUUCACGUUACCCCACUGGCAGUGGGGACUAGAAAAAAUAUCGUUUCCUAUCAUGAAUACAUUCCUAUCGGUCUGAUCACGAGGGCUUCGCUGUUUGAGCAUGUUUCAUGGUCAAUGGCUGACUCAUAGUCAAUAUGUCUAUUCAGAUCUCUCUUUGUAUUGAAAAAAAUACAGUAUCAUUCUAGAUAGAUGGUGAAAUAACAAAGUGUUACUCAUUGCUGGUUUCACUAACACUGCUGGGUUUGAUAGUUCGAUAAUGUUAACUAAGUGAUCGCAAUACUGUUAGCUAGGUAAUUAGGAUAAUGUCAGUUAUGAUAAGGCAGUUAUGAUGCAAUCAUAUUUAUGAUAAUGUAAGAUAGGUAGUUUUGAUGUGGGCUAGGUCGUAUUGAUUUAUACGAGUUGUUGGUUGGUUAUAAUCACCGGUUAGUGUUAACUAGAUAGCUAUAAUGUUAGCUAUUUGAUAAUGAUAAUAUAAGGUUAUAACUGAGUUGACAUAGUAUUGAUAAUGCUAGCUAGGUAGUCAUGAUAAUGCUAGCAACUAGUUAUGAUAUCUUGUCAGUUGUAGUUAUUAUGGUGAUAAUGAUUUUGUUAUCUUUGCUCUGCUUAAGAGGGAACCAGACCCGAAAACCACUUUAGUUUGCACUAGAUGCCUCCCUCUCUAGGUUAUGGACGGUGGGGAUCUAAGUGGCUCAUAGACAUAUCAGUAAUGGCCAGCAAAGGACAGUCUAGGUCUCUGAAAGAAAGAAUGACGAAACAAUCCAAACAUCCAAAGCUUCAAAAACUGCAAUACACCAAUGCUAAGGGGAUUCGAUAAACUCACUGACCUACCUUGAAAUAGAUAAGUGUAGUUUCAGUUUCACCGGUUAAUAUUGUUAAAUGGUUAUCAUAUUGUUGUUUGUUCGAUAACAUUACAUUAUUUAUGUAA